AUGGCAGUAGCUUGAAUUAUUUAAUAAAAUUUUCAUUUAUUGCUGAGGUCGGCCUUUAUUCUGGCCUUUUAAUUUUUACUGGAAUGUGGUGGCGUUUGUGUCGCUAGAGGUUUUGAUUUUUUAAUUUAUUUUUGUCCAAAAUGACUGAACAAUUAUCGAAAAAGCGCGAAAUUAAUUGGAUAAAAGUGUUGUUCCAACUUCAAGUUAAUUCCUCUUUAGUAUUUGCUAUUGGUUAUUUAUUCAAAUAUGGUUGUUUGUGGAAAACGUUUUUCUUUGCCAUACUUCUAACCGUUCUUGGAGUCCUAGGAAAAUCUGCUGGAGCUCACAGAUUAUGGUCUCACUGCACCUACAAAGCCACCACCGGACUAAGAGUAUUUUUAAUGCUCUGCCAAACAUUAGCUGGAUAUGGUUCCAUCUACGAUUGGGUUCUCUACCACCGACUGCACCACAAACAUUUCAAGACCGACCUGGACCCGUACAAUCCGAAAAACGGUUUUUGGUACGCCCAGAUUUUCAGUACCGUAAGAGACUUGAGUCCCGCUCAAAUUGAAGCUAUGAAAGAAAUUGAUAUGAGUGACUUGGAAAACGAUAAAGUAGUGAUGUUCCAAAAAAAAUGGUACAACAUAAUGUAUGUCAUAAUCUUUCUACUUUUACCAUUAAACGCUCCAUGCGAAUAUUGGAAUGAAACUAUUGUAACUUCAUUCAUGAUUGUGGGAUGGUUGCGAUAUGCUUUAACGUUGCACUUUUGUUGGUUAAUUCACAGUGCUGUUAAUAUUUGGGAUUUGAAGCCCGGCGAGAAAUUCCCGGCUGACACUAAUUUAGUAUUCCUAAUCACAAAAACUUACUGGAUAUCCUACCACUACUUGACCCCGUGGGAUUAUCAAGCUAGUGAGUAUGGCAAAUAUGGAACGGAUUGGGUGUCCAAGUUCAUUAAAGUAUGUGCCGCUUUGGAAUAUGCCACAGAUUUGAAAACUAUCGAUAGUCACGGUGUGAGGAGCGCUUUGACGAAGUCAGUUACCGAAAAUAAGCACAUCACUGAAUGUUUGACUGAGAUGGCUAAGACAGCUUCAGGAACUAUGAGUUAGUUCGAUGAUAAUUUAUUAUCGUUUGUAAGUUUUUUAUUUUUAAAAUGGAACAUUCUAAUGAAUGUUUUAUUUUAUGUACCUAAUAAUAUACAAAUAAAUUUUGGAUUGUUUGUUUCGUUGAGA